AUGUUUGGUGCUUCAAGAAAGAAGUUUGUAGAAGGAGUCGAAAGUGACUACCAUGAUGAGAAUAUGUAUUAUAGCCAGUCAUCAAUGUUUCCGCAUCGGUCGGAAAAAGAUAUGCUGGCAUCACCAUCACCAUCCGCGUCGGGUCAGUUGUCCCAAUUUGGGGCUAGUUUAUACGGGCAACAAAGUGCACUAGGCCUUCCAAUGAGGGGGAUGAGCAACAAUACUCCUCAGCUAAAUCGCAGCUUAUCACAAGGCACUCAGUUACCAAACCAUGUAACGCCAACCACAGGGGUACCAACAAUGUCACUUCAUACACCACCAUCUCCGAGCAGGGGCAUUUUACCGAUGAAUCCCAGGAAUAUGAUGAACCACUCCCAGGUUGGACAGGGCAUUGGGAUGCCAAGCAGGACAAAUAAUAUGAGCAGUUCAGGGUUAGGCAGUCCAAACAGAAGCUCACCCAGCAUAAUAUGUAUGCCAAAGCAACCGCCAUCCCGACAACCUUUUACUGUGAACAGUAUGUCUGGGUUUGGCAUGAACAGAAAUCAGGCGUUUGGUCUGAACAAUUCUUUAUCGAGUAACAUUUUUAAUGGAACAGAUGGAAGUGAAAAUGUGACGGGAUUGGAUCUUUCAGAUUUUCCAGCACUAGCAGAUAGAAAUAGAAGGGAAGGAAGUGGUAACCCAACACCUUUAAUAAAUCCUUUGGCUGGAAGGGCUCCCUAUGUUGGCAUGGUAACAAAACCAGCAAAUGAGCAGUCCCAGGACUUCUCAAUACACAACGAGGAUUUUCCUGCAUUGCCAGGCUCCAGCUACAAAGAUCCUACAUCGAGCAAUGAUGACAACAAAUCUAAUUUAAAUACGCCAGGAAAGACUGCCUCAAGUACAGAUGGACCCAAAUUUCCAGGAGAUAAAAGCUCCACGACGCAAAAUAAUAACCAGCAGAAAAAAGGGAUUCAGGUUUUACCUGAUGGCCGCGUUACCAACAUUCCUCAAGGUAUGGUGACAGAUCAGUUUGGCAUGAUUGGCUUGUUAACAUUCAUCAGGGCAGCUGAAACAGACCCAGGGAUGGUGCAUCUUGCAUUAGGAAGUGACUUGACAACACUAGGCCUCAAUCUCAACUCUCCAGAAAAUCUUUAUCCGAAGUUUGCAUCGCCAUGGGCAUCCUCACCAUGUCGACCACAAGAUAUUGAUUUCCAUGUCCCGUCUGAGUACUUAACAAACAUUCACAUUAGGGAUAAGUUGGCUGCAAUAAAACUUGGCCGAUACGGAGAAGAUCUUCUUUUCUAUCUCUAUUACAUGAAUGGAGGGGAUGUUUUACAGCUUUUAGCCGCAGUAGAGCUUUUUAACAGAGACUGGAGAUACCACAAAGAAGAGCGGGUAUGGAUAACGAGGGCACCCGGAAUGGAACCAACAAUGAAAACAAACACAUACGAGAGGGGAACAUAUUACUUCUUUGACUGUCUUAACUGGAGGAAAGUUGCAAAGGAGUUCCACUUGGAAUAUGACAAGCUAGAAGAAAGGCCUCAUCUGCCAUCCACCUUCAAUUACAAUCCUGCUCAGCAAGCCUUCUAA